AUGACUUUCAGGAAAACACCACCAACAGCUGAAUCAACUCUGCUAGCUUCAGAACACAAGGUAGAAAGUAAAAGAUCAUACUGCAGCAUGAUAAAUCCUACACUAGAAAUUUGUGGGAAAUCUCCAGUUGGUGUGCUUGCAGCUACCCAGAAGUCUACUAUUUCCCUGGAUCCCCCGUGGAAUAGAAUAUUUAGAGGCGAGAGUGUGAAACUUAUAUGUAACAGACACAAGUCCCCUGAAGUCACGUUGACUAGGUGGUUCCACAAUGACACCAUUUUAUCAAAGACAAAUUCAAGUCUGGACAUCACGAAUGCUGGCCAACAGGACAGUGGAGAAUACACGUGUCAGAAUGGAAAAUAUAACUUGAGCAAACCUGUGUUCCUGGAAGUCUUCAGUGACUGGCUGCUCCUUCAGGUCUCUGCUGAUGUGGUGACAGAGGGUAAGCCCCUCUUCAUCAGGUGCCACAGUUGGAAGAACUGGUAUGCCUACAAAGUGAUCUACUACAAGGAUGGCAAAGCCUUCAAGUACUGGUAUGAGAACCACAACAUCUCCAUUGCUAAGGCUACACUCAAGGACAAUGGCACCUAUCACUGUGAGGGCAGCAUUCAGAAGUUGAAGCAUACCUCUAAUUCUGUCACCAUUACUAUAAAAACUCAAAUUAACAACCACUGGAUACAAUUUUUUGUCCAGUUGCUGGUGGUGAUCCUGUUUACUGUGGACACAGGGUUGUUUAUCUUGACCCAGCAGCAAUUCAAAUUGUUCUUGGAGAUUAAGAGGACCGGAAAAGGCAACAAACGUCUGGAUCCAAAAUGUAAACUAGACUUCAAAGAGAAAUGA